UAUGAGGAGAAUGGCUGGAAUGUCUACAAACCCAUAGAAGAGUUCAGACGCCAGGGCUUACCUAAUAACAAGUGGCGUAUUACAUUCAUUAAUAAGAACUAUGAGCUGUGCGACACCUAUCCUACUGUACUGGCUGUACCCUUUAAAAGUAAAGAGGAGGACCUCAGAAGAGUUGCAGCCUUCAGGUCAAGAGGACGCAUACCGGUUCUAUCAUGGAUCCACAGAGAGAACCAGGCAGUGAUUGUCCGUUGCAGUCAGCCUCUGGUUGGCAUGUCUGGUAAAAGGAACAAGGAUGAUGAGCGCUAUCUGGACCUGAUCAGGGAGGCAAACGACACUACCAAGCUAACCAUAUAUGACGCCAGGCCUAACGUCAACGCAGUGGCCAACAAGGCCACUGGGGGAGGCUAUGAGGGUGAUGAGUACCAAAAUGCAGAGCUCAUCUUCUUAGACAUCCAGAAUAUCCAUGUCAUGAGGGAAUCCCUGAAGAAACUCAAAGACAUCGUCUACCCAAAUGUUGAGGAAUCACAUUGGCUGUCCAGUCUAGAGUCUACACACUGGCUAGAACAUGUUAAGCUGGUGUUGUCAGGAGCCAUCCAAGUAGCAGACAAGGUUUCCAGUGGAAACUCAGUGAUGAUACACUGUAGUGAUGGCUGGGAUAGAACUGCCCAGCUCACCUCUUUGGCCAUGCUGAUGCUGGACAGUCACUACCGCACACUCAGAGGAUUCCAGGUGCUGAUUGAGAAGGAAUGGAUCAGCUUUGGGCACAAAUUCGCCUCAUUUCCUACAGCCUUUGAGUUUAAUGAGCGGCUUCUGCUGACAAUCCUGGAUCAUCUCUACAGCUGUCGUUUUGGGACUUUCCUCUACAACUGUGAGAGUGCACGAGACCAGCAUGAGGUGAGGUCAAAGACAGUGUCUCUGUGGUCUCUGGUCAACAGCAAGAUGGACAUUUAUUUAAACCCCUUCUACACCCCUGAGUCUGGCAGGGUCCUCUACCCUGUUGCCAGCAUGCGUCACCUAGAGCUGUGGGUAACAUACUACAUCCGCUGGAACCCACGCAUACGACAACAGCAUCAGAGUCCAGUGGAGCAACGCUACAAGGAGCUGUUGGCCCUCAGAGAAGAGUACUUGAAGAAGCUGGAGGAGCUGCAGCUCUCUGACACCUCUCCUUCCUCCCAUUUGGCUAACAGCCCCACCCCCAACACAUCCUCCUCCACCUCCUCCACACCAUCACAGCAAUACACACACCUACAGACUCCCUUCUGAGGGCUGGUGACAGAUACACACAGAUACCCCCUAUCUCUCGCUCUCUUUUCUGUCAAUCUUACAAACAUUAGGGAUUAAUUAUUAUUUUUGCAGUCCUAACUGGAUAACAAAGAAUACUAAUAAGAUUUAGAUAAGAUUGUUAACUCUAGCACCAUAGUGUUGAUGAUGGGGAUUUAUGCAAAAUGUCACAUUACAGCCUUGUCACAAGACUUCUCUAUAUACUCAUUUAUUAUACAGUGAAGCCUUAAAGACAUUCACUGCAAGGGUUUGAAUACUCAGGACUAACAGUGGUUGUCUAUCAGUGUCCACACAAGCAAGGCUGAAGUUGUGUAUUUUUCAUCUGCACUAUAUUCACACAAGUACUGUUGGUAGUUAUUUUUAAAAUCAGAUCACCACUGAACAUUAUUACUCUAUAGGUUAAAUGGUAAACUGAGAUGCAAAACGGUGUGUGGACUGCACUGCUGUUUAAGAGACAGAGGUUUGUCUUUAGCUUUGAUUUAGUUGGACAAAAAUAAUUUUAACUCCAAGUAAAACCACUCACAUUUAAUGUUGUCAAGUGUAUGGUUGUUGUCCAUUGAAAGGAUUCUUCAACAUUUCAACUGACAGCAAGUUAACCUCUGUGCCUCCAAUUAAAUGUAUUUCAGGGUUGUAGCUUGGUUUGUGUUAGCUUUAAACAAGGGCUUAAAGCAGACAACAGUGCUAAACAAGCUCUGUUGACAGUUAAAUAAUAAAAAAAAGUUAUACCCAAAAGAAGAUCCCCAGCAUUUAGCGCCAACUUCCUGUGUUUACUUUCAGUUAAACAAUAGUUGGUGUCCUUUGUGAGCAAAUGAGGAUUUUUCAGAGUGUUGCUCUGAUCCAUGAGGAAUCAGUUAGAGCAGCUGCAGAGCUGACGGAGGAGCUUCUACAGUCAUUAUCACGUUAUGACUUCACCUAAGUGUCGGAUUUGGAUGCAGUGGUGUGGAAUUUUAUUUUGUCGGUGUGGAAUUUGCUGAUCGGCUUAUGAGGGUGAAAGCUACAUUCAUGUGUGUUUUGUCACUGUUAUCAGCCAAGCUCAAUUAAGCACUAUUUCCCAGCACUUCCUAAUGCUAUGGCUGAGGGUAAAUACAGUUCUAGCAAGUAGUAAUAGUUCAGUAAGAAUUCAUCUAUCAUUUACUGUUAUGAAUGCAGCUUUGAUGUGGUUUGAAAUAUAUAGUAUAGGGAAAUGGAUCCCCCUCCCCUUACUUAACACAGAACCCAGAUCGAGAGGCCAGCUUAAGUCCAUGAUAUACUUACCAUGCCUGUAUGUUUGUUAAUGGUUUAAGUGACGUUAAGCAGAAAAGAUACUAAACUGUUCAAUAAAUGUAUGUAGAUAUACACACCAACCUCACUGAAAAGUCCCAUGCUAUCUCACAGCACAUGUGCCUUUUGGACAUAUGAUGGUUAAACAUACAAGAGUUGUUUCUCAUAUUUCACCAGGAUUUAGUUAAUUAUGAUAUCAGUGUGUGGACUUGUUUAUAUGAAGUGUCUGACUGCUCAUGUGUCUGGCCUAUGAGACUCUAGGUCAUCCCUAUGUGCAGUAGAUUGACAAUGUCAGUAGAAGUCAACAUUGAAACAUAUGCAAAAACAUAGUAUCAGAACAGUAAUGAUGGGGAAAGCUAUAAUACAUGUUACUAACCGUGAUUGUAUGUGGCAAGUAAUGUCAUUUUCUUAUAGGACAUUCUAUGAAAGAUAAUUUCUGCUUGAAAAAUUAAAAACAAAGUAUUUCGAAUGACAAAAUAUGUCAAAAGUUUUACCACUUUCAAA